AUGGGGGGGCUCGUCGUUCUUGAAAUGGCAGCCCCCGUCCGUCCCCGAGCGCAAUUGAAUCGAGAGUGUGCGUCCGACGACUACGACAAAACCGUCGUGUGCACGUGUGGACGCCUUGAAAUUGGCAGCGUCGAUCGUGUCGUGUUGAUUCUGGGGCUUCAAGGGGCUGUGUGCGUAGUGGGGCUGAUGGCAACGUGGCUGCUUCGACGUGUGAAGCCUCAGAAAGCAAGUGUGGAAACGAGUGAAUCGACGUUUCAAACGGUGAAAGCGACACGACAUGCGCUGGGCAUUGCCGAUAGCUACCUGGACGCCCCCGACGAAAGCAAUGUCUCGGCGUACCAUGUGGACAAAGUGUCGUGCAUCAUGGCGAGGUUCCUUCCACUCGCGUGGGCGGGUGAAUCGUACACGUUUGACGUCAAGUUGUGGCUCUGGCACGAAACCAAGCAGCCCAAGACCUGCACCAGCCACGACGUCCACGAGUUCCGGGCGCACGCGUCUAGUGUCCGCGGUAAAAGUACCGUGUCGCCCCACAUUAGCUUGUUAUUGUACCUGGCCCCCGUCAAGAUGACGCGACCCGCCCAAGUGAUUCAGCACGCGAAAACUGCGUUUGCCGUCGCGUAUACCGUUGGCGCGAUCGUGAGCAGCGUGUCGUACCUUGAAAUGACCCAAGUGAACCUCGCCAAUGACUUGUAUUGGGCUAAAUUCAAUAUGACAGGCGCCCACGCAUUCACGGCGACCUGGCUCAACGAAUGGAUCGUGCUCGGUCGAGAAGCCCCCCCCCUCUUAAUCGACAAACCGCUUGUUCAACUCGACUCGAACCAGGUUGCGGUCGAAGGCGCGUUCGACCAGUCUGUGGCCAUGGUCCCCUCGGUGGCCAACUUUGGCGCCGAAUUGCAGUACACGCGCCUGAAUGCGCUGGACCAGGCGAUCGCAGGGCUUCGGGCUACCAGCGGGUGCGACGUGCCUUGGAUCUUCACCCAGUAUUGCUACGUGGACUUCAAUCAGCGGUGGGAGCUCGCCAACUCUGCCUCGCGGCAAGCCCGAUGCAAAGCCAGCAUGACCGCAAACGGCGCCGUGUUUAUAGAGUCUGUAUUACGGAAUGUCGACUCCCGCGAGUUCAAGUCGUGUUGGGGGGACGCAUUUACUUCUGGCAUUGCAAACGAAGUGCAGAGCACAACGCAAGGCCAGCAAUGGCUGCAGGACACGCUGAGUCCAGCGUUCGUCCUCUCCAUCGCGGACGAAAUCGCCCUGUGGCGAGCCCACAACAUCACGACGUUUGACACGCAGUGGCAAAACUUCAAGCGCAUCGGACUUAUCAACUCGUACACAAUCUCCAACCUCUACGGCGUGUCGUACCCGUUCACUUUGCAGUACCAAAACACGUCGUUCCGCCUCGCGAAGCAAGCCACGUUCAUCAUGUACUGGGGCCUCGCCAACGAUUUCGACGCGGUGGCUCCAAAUAGAAGUAGCAGCAGCGGCCCCUCCCAUCCCCCCCUCCUCCUCUCUGGACGCAGCCUCGUGCGAUCGUCGCCUUUGUAUGCGUUUGCCAACACGUCGCUAGAGGCGGUUCUACAACUUAACGGGACGCUCCCGCCCGCGUUGUCUCAGAUCCACCAGCGAUUUCGCAACGUGAUCGGGCCGUUUGGGUCGAUUGAUAUGCACUUCAUCACGUGCCCAAAGGCGGCGAAGCACGCCGUGGCCAUUAUUUUUGACAUGCUCAACCGAGUGCUUGGGACCAAUCACGACGCGAAACGUGACUUUUACAACAUCACAGACCCGUCCAGCGGCAUCACACCAGCCCCCAAAGCGUGGACCGACGUCAACUUUUUGCCUGUGGGGGGCAGUCCGUUUUGCGCCGAAGUGCCCUUUGCAGGCCAGGGAUCGAUCGCCAUGGGCAUGGUGUCGUUCCCGUCGUGGGAAGCGCAAUGCAAAUCGAUUAUUACGUGGACCCUCAUCGCCCCCACGCGUCGGUACCUCGUCACAUCCGUCCUCUUGUCCAACCUGACCGACGUCGCCCGCAUCUGCGCCCAAAACGUGCAAUACCAAGCGAAAUGCACCGACUUUGUCAACGAAACCGUGUCGUUCGUGUCGACGUACUUGGUUGAUCUAGUGCUUCUCGACUUGAUGGAGGCUGCAACUACUGCCAUUCGAAACACUCGAGUGGAAAUGAUUCAGUUUGGCCAGACAAGUGUCGACGACCCCGUCGAGUUGUAUCGGUAUCGUGUACUGGAAGACCCUUUUGGCGGCGACGAGUUUGCCUUUUUCUCGUGGAUGUACUUGAUCGAAUGGACUUUGGGGUUGCGAGAAGUGGUGUCGUUUCAGGGCGACGUUGGGACGAUGGCGAUUCUCACAGAGUACACGGCACCCCUCCAGCAGCAAGUGGACGGCGCCCAAACCCCCGUGAACUUUUCUAUUUACAUGCGAAGUGCCGUAUGGUACAUUACGCUGGCCAUGAUCGCCGUGACGUCGUUGCUGCUCUUGUACGUGUUUGCCAGCCACGGCCAAAUCGAGGUAAGCAACUUGCUCGAGCUACAGCGCGUCGGGGCGAUCGUGUGGGUGGGUCGGCCGCUCCUGUUUCUCCGUGGCCUCACCGCCAUCGGCCUGCUAUCCACGGCCAUGCUCGAGCUGGCCUUUGAUGCGUACAUGUCGACGUUCCGAGUCGGGCACCCGCCAUGGUACAAGACGGUCCUCGCAGCCAACGAAGUUACGUGGAUGGUGGCGAUCGUAGACGACCUCGCCUUGCCGCUCACGCAAGGGUACACGCCGUACUACGCCACGACCAACAGCAUUCUGGUGUGGACCAUCACUGCGAGUUUGAGCUACUACUGGCCCGUGACCCACGUCGUGUCCCUGGCGCAAUGA